AGCACUGAUGGAGCUUCAGUUCAUUUCCAACACAUACGAAGGUUUUCGCCUCUAAAUUCAAUGAAAUAACUUCGAUUUUGGGGGUUUGAAUUAAUCGCUGAUACGUGUUUUCAGCUACGAUGAUCUAUCUAACCAGCUAGUUCGCAUUUAACUGUCUUUGUGUGACGUUUGGAGCUCAGAGAAAAAAUGUAUUUUGUCUACACCAUUAUCGCAUCUUUAGGUAUCUUUUUGAUUGUGAAAAGAAUGAAGAAGAGGCGAUACUGUAUGGACACUAAAAGGCUUGAUGGGAAAACUGUUCUUAUUACAGGUGGGAGCUGCGGCGUGGGUAAAGAGACAGCUGUUGCCAUGGCAGCCAGGGGGGCCCGGGUCAUCCUGGCCUGCAGGGACUUGGACAAGGCCAGUAAAGCUGUGAGGGAGAUCAAAUUCAAGAGUCGCAGGCUAGACGUCUGCUGCAUGGAGCUGGAUCUGGCCAAUCUGCGCUCCAUCAGGGAGUUCUGUAAGACCUUCCUCCAGAGAGAGAAGAGGCUUGACAUCUUGAUCAAUAAUGCAGGCAUGCCCAGCAUCCUCGACUGGACGGACGACGGGUUCAGCAUGUGUUUUGGGGUCAACCACUUAGGUCACUUCCUUCUUACUAAUCUGCUUCUACCUCGACUGAAGGAAUGUGCCCCCAGCCGGGUGAUCACACUCACGUGCUCCAACUACAAAUACCAGAAACUGGACUUCCAGGACCUCAACUACAACCUGCUGCCCUUCUUCACCUACUGCCGCAGCAAGCUGGCCAACAUCUACUUCAGUCAUGAACUGGCCCGCAUCGUUGAAGGGAAAGGAGUCACUUCCUAUGCCGUGCACCCUGGCUUUGUCCAGAGUGGUUGGACCUGCCACUACUCGUUCCUGUUCAGGAUGCUGAUGCAGGUGAUCAUGUGGAUGUUCUUUGUGCCGUGUGAGGUUGGAGCUCAGAGUGUCAUCUACUGUGCCGUGUCAGAUGAAGCUGUCAAACACAACGGGGGUUACUUUGUCGACUGCCGUCCUGCAACUCUACGUCCUUUUGCAAGGGAUGCUGGUGUGGCGAAAAAACUCUGGGAGGCGAGCGAGAGACUGGUUAAGCUGGCCUGAUGCAGACUGAGGGACUGGUUCCUCUUCGUCUUCCACGAUGUCCAUGAAACUUUAAGAAAUGCACAUUUCCUGUGUUUUGCUUUGUUUUUGCUUUGUUUUUCUAUCAUUUUUGUGUCAUUCUAAGUAAACAUUUUAUUUUAUGUUCUUGUUUAUUUAGAAAUAAAUUGUUUUCUACGACAGGAAUAACUUCAUCUUAUGUAUUUUUUAUUUAUUUAUUUUUUACUUGCACAAAUAAAAUAAAAAACUCCCCCUGCUCUGUGUUUGUUUUGGUGGAACAAUGUUACUAAUUUGGCACAUGAUUGACAUUGCUGAACGAAGCUCAGGUUUAACGGGGGAGAUUUGAGCCUUUUAAAGUUUGGAUUCAGAAUCUGGGAAUCAAAGAGACAUCGACAUGGUGAAUCUUAAUUAGUAAAAUAUCCAAAUUCAUACAAUGGAAGAAAUGACAAAAACAAAAAUUACUAUUCUUAAAAGUUUCCUGAGUUGCCAUGUUUGCUUGAACUCUGAAAGAUCCUGCAUCUUUAAGCUGCAGCUAGUUUUAGUUCAAGCUGCCUACAAACCUUUUGGGAAGAAGUUAAGAACAAAAACUGUUCCACUUGUAAAAGAAAAUCUUCUAGAGAUUUUUUGAGGGUGAACUUUUCACUAAAGGAACUUGCUGACUCUUUUGCUGAAAGACACAAAUAUGAAUCACAGACAGAUGAUGUCAAAACACAGAUAUCUGUGUUGUGUACUGGGGACCAAGAAAAACCUCAUCUGUUCUGUAGAGA